AUGGACGCUCACAAAAUCAGUAAAAUCCGUACCGUCCACGCGGAUAAAAAUUUGGAAUACGACCAAAGGGGCAAAGGGAAGAAUCUAGUCAACACCCACACCACCAUCUUAGAAGUUACAAGUACACUCCUUCUUCAGCCACCACUUCCAAUAAAAAUUCCUUCUGAAUAUUCAGAGCUUCUACACAAUGUUUCAAUAGUGAUUUUUGCUGAGCUACUUGGCGAGUACACGGCUGCUCUCACCAAAAUCGUCGCCGGAAUUAUUCCCCGGCGUCCCGAUGACCGGAGAGAUUUACGCAUUGGUUGUCUCUCAUUGCCUCGUCCUUCCUCGUCGCCAGUUCCAGUCUUCUCCACUCAUCUCGUGGACUUCUGA